AUGACUGAACUAGAUACUAUACCUGUUUUUAUAUUUGGAAUGGAACAGGGAGGUGUUUACUUAUUUGAUCCGGCAAAUAAACAAUUAAAUAAAAUAUUUCAAGCGGAUAGUGGAAUUAGGCAAAUAUUAGAUAUGCCCCAACAAAAUUAUUUUCUAGCUAUAACAGAGGAAAUGAUGUUUUAUCAACUAAUGUGUGACGAUAAAUUAGUUAAUGACAAAAUUAAGGUCAAACUGGCAGCAAAAUCCAAAUAUUUUCAAAUGAUACGUGUUGGGUUUGGAACUGUGGCCUUUGCUUAUGGCGACAGGGAAAUCCGUGUUUGGGAUUUGGAAGCUGAAGAUAGUGCUAUACUUAGAUUGAGGGCAGAUAGGGGAUAUGAAGCAAGUGAUGAACAAGUAUUGAUGUUGUCUUAUCUGCCAAAGAAAGAUAGUAUUUGUGGAAUGACCAGUAAAUGGCGACUGGCAACAUGGAGAAGAGUACAAAACAAUAAUUUAGAUGAAAAUAAUACAAAUAUAGCUAGAUCGUUAAUUGACCAACAAUGGAAAUUAACAAGUGCAAUUUCUUUAAAUAUCCAACAUGUUAUUGGAAUGGCUUGGUCUAACAAUUCAGCAGCUUUUGCAUUAAACUCAGGCGACUCUGUCCAAAUAUUUUUAUCCCAAUGUAUUGAAUUUUUUGUGGAUUCUAAUUAUGCAGUCAUUCAAGUAAGCGCCCAAUUGCUCAAUCUAGUCAAGAUUACGGAUCCAAUGGAAACACAAGAAUUACAACUCCACUCAAAUAUUCGUGGAUUUUUUGUUACAGAAAAUUAUUUAACUUUGUGGGAUGAUACAAAGGCAAUUGAAAAGAGUUUUUAA